CGGGGAGAGAGGUCCUCGCCCCUAGUCAGUCACUUCCAGCUCGCAGCUCCGGGCUCCCGCAGCGUGGCGGCUCGUGGUAAAGAUUCGGAAGUUGUAUCUACCAAAGGAGCAUCUGAGAGACCAGGUGAUGGCAGAUGAGGUUCUUCCACCCAGGUCUCAGGUCCGAACACUGGGAUUGUCUCAAGGCUGCCGCUGGAACAUGUUUCAGGCAUCUAUGAUGUUUGAAGAUGUGGCUGUGUAUCUUACCCGAGAAGAGUGGAGCCACCUUGGUCCUGCUCAGAGAAACCUUUACAGGGAUGUGAUGCUGGAGAAUUAUGGGAAUGUGGUCUCUCUGGGAUUUCCAGUAUCCAAACCAAAUGUGAUCUCCCAGCUAGAAAGAGGGGAAGAGCCAUGGAUCCUAGACUUUCAGGAAGCUGAAGGGAGAGAAGUGCUGAGAGGCGACUGUUCAGAUUGUGAAUCAAGGAUUGAGGAAAAUGAGCUGUCUCCAAAGCAGGAAAUUUCUAAAGAGGUGGAACCACAAUGGACAAUAUUGGAAAGACUCACAGGGAAUGUUUCCCAAGGAUCCAAAUGGGGAGAAGUCUGUGAAUAUGAAGGAAGACCAAAGGAAAAUUGGGGAUCUUCUGUAAAGAGGAAACUCCUUUCUCAUGAGAGAGGUUUCAGGACAGUUCCAGUGAUCCACCAGUUAUCUCCAAUAGGAAUGAGAGGCCAAGAAUUUAAUGAAUUUGGAAAAAACUUCAGGCUGACUUCUAAUUCUGUUCAAAUUCAGAGAGAUCCUUCAGGAGGGAGACUACAGCAAUGGGAUGAAAUGGGCCAAAGAUUCAAACAGAAUUCAGCUUUAAUUAACUAUCAGAAAGACUAUGCAAAAGAGAAAUCCUGUAAUAAUUCUGUAUAUUGGAAACAAUUUGGACAGAGCUCAAAUCUUAUUGAACAUCAAAAAAUUCACACUAGAGAGGAAACUUAUGAGUGUAAUGAAUAUGGAAAACACUUUAUCAGAAGGUCUUUGCUUAUACAACAUCAGGAAAUUCAUACAGGAACAAAAACAUAUGAGUGUAGUGAAUGUGGAAAUACUUAUAGUAAAAAGUCUCUUCUUAAUGAUCAUCAAAAAAUACACAAUGCAGGGAAACACUACCAGUGCAAUGUAUGUGGAAAAGCCUACAAUAAGAAGUCUACAUUUGUUGAUCAUCAAAAAAUUCACACUGGAGAAAAACCCUAUGAGUGUAGUGAGUGUCAUAAAUGCUUUAUCAGAAAAUCUUUGCUUAUUCGACAUCAGAGAAUUCACACAGGAGAGAAACCUUAUGAAUGUACUGAAUGUGGGAAAGCCUGUAGUCAAAAAUCUGCCCUUCUUGAUCAUCAAAGGCUUCACACAGGUGAAAAACCCUAUGAGUGCAGUGAAUGUGGUAAGCACUAUAUCAGAAAGGCCUUGCUUAUUGAACACCAGAGAAUUCAUACAGGAGAAAAACCCUAUAAAUGUAAUGAAUGUGGGAAAGCCUACAGAAAGAAAUCUACUCUUGUGGAUCACCAGAGACUUCAUACUGGAGAGCGAUCCUAUGAAUGUAAUGAAUGUGGCAAAAUCUUUACCCAAAGCCUAAAUUUCAUUCAGCACCAGAGAAUUCACACAGGAGAGAAACCCUAUCAGUGUAGUGAUUGUGGAAAACCAUUUAGUCAUAGAUCUGCUCUUAUUCAACAUCAGAGAAUUCAUACUGGAGAGAAACCUUAUGAGUGUAAUGAAUGUGGUAAAGCCUACUGGAGGAAGUCUACCCUUAUUGAUCAUCAAAGACUUCAUACUGGAGAGAUACCUUAUAAAUGUAGUACAUGUGGGAAGGCUUUCAGACACAGACCAUCUUUUAUUGAACAUCAGAAGUUACAUAAUGGAGGCAAACACCAUGAAUGUAAUGAGUGCAAAAAACAAUUCAGUACACGAGCAUCCCUUAUUCAACAUCAGAGACUUCAUACUGGAGAAAAACCUCAUGAAUGUAAUGAAUGUGGAAAAGCUUUCAGUCAGAAGUCUACACUUAUUGAUCAUCAGAGACGUCACAGUGGGGAGAAACCUUAUGAGUGUAGUGAAUGUGGCAAGUGCUUUAUCAGAAGAGCUUUCCUUAUUCAGCACCAGAGAGUACACACAGGAGAGAAACCAUAUGAGUGUAAAGAAUGUGGAAAAGCCUAUAGAAAGAAGUCUACUCUUACUAGUCACCAGAAAAUUCACAUUGAAAAGAAACAAGAGUUAAUUAAUAUUGAAAAGCCCUCAGUCUUGAAGCCUGCCCUUAUUGAUCAGCAGUGACUUCAUAUUUGAGAGAAGUCCCAAGAAUUUAACAAUGUAAAUGGUUUAUUUAAAGGACUUUGCUUAUUCAUCAGAGAAUUUAUGUAAAAAAUCUUACAAAAACAGUUAAUGUAGUAAAUGCUUAUAAAUGUUUGCUUAUUCAGCAUCAUAGAAUUCACACUGGAGAGAAUUCUUAUGGAUCAUGGGAUGUGAGAAAAUGUUCAAUCAGAAUUUUCAACAUCAUUAGACAUAAAAUAAUUCUCACAGGAGAGACAUCUAGCAUAUGAGAGAAACCCAAAAUAUAUAUAUUUGUAUGAUGAGAAAUCCUUAAGUGAAUCUUCAAACUCUCAUCAAUUGUUGAAAAUUCAUAAUGGAGAGAACCAUUUGAGGGUAGUGAAUGUGCAAGGCUUAAAAACCUUCAGUCAGAAACCUUCUCUUGUUUCAACAUUAUAGAAUUCUUACUGGAAAGGAAUAUUAUGAAUGCUGUGAAGGGCUUUCAGGUCCAAGUUAUCCUUCAACACCAUACAGUACAGACUUUCAUAGAUUUGUGGUUAAUUUUGCUCUUUCAGACGAAUACUUUCAUACCUUUCUCAUUUAUGUUCUUUCAUAAGUCUUCCAAAGAAUAGUCAUCCAUUGUACUGGAGGUUUUCCUAUGAUUCUUUUUCAUCUUCAAGAUACUAAAUGUACCAUUCAGUGUGCCUCUCCUUUGUGUCUCAUUUUCUCUACCUGACCAACUCGCCUUCAUUUCCAGGCAUAUAUGUCUUCCAUAAUAUUGGUUAUACUAUUUCUCUAUAUAAAUCAUUAUCAACAGCCUGCUGUUAUUAUAAAUUCAUAACUUUUUUGAUUUACUUAUAGUUUAGAAUCUAAUUAGAAUUUGAAACCACAUGGUGUCUGAAAUAUUGGCUUUUUAAGAAAUGGAUUUUUUCAAUGGGUAACAGUUGGGGUUUAUUGAAAACAAUGUGCAAUUUCUCAAAUGUAUUCCAAUCCAGUGAGAUCCCCUCCUGCUACUUAAAUACACAUGCACAUACAUGAAUGUAUUAUGUAUACAUUUAUAUCUCUCUGUGUGGCUGUGUAUACACACACACACAUAUAUGUAUGUAUAUACACACCCACAUCCAUAUCCACACACAUAAAAACACACAUUCAAAUAAGAAAAAAUUGGACUAACUUGAUGCUUUGUUCUUCUCACUGCAUGUCACAAUCUGUUUAGUAUGUAUUUUUAAUCCCCUUUGUUUUGGGUGUUUAAAUGAUUAAGUCAAUUUCUUUUAUCAUUACUGUAGAUUUUGUUGAGGAAAUUUUAUAACAUUAUGAGGCUUAAUUAAUAGAAACAUGCUAUGACUGUAAUGAUUAUUGAAAAAAAACUGUGUUUUCACUCAAAAUUCAAUGUCAUAAGAUUCACAAUAAAGAGAAACCCAGUGAGUAUAGGGAAUUCAGAAAAGCCUUCAGCCAGUGUAUAAAUUUAAUUCCAUGUUAGCAUUUAUACAAGUGAGCAAUCCUAAUGAAUGUGAUACAGUCUAUAUUCUCAGAGUUUUAUUAUUGAACAACAGAGAAAAUAUAAUUAGAGAAACAUUAUGAAUGAAAUAAAUAUGAGAAAGCUC